ACUCUAAAAAAGAAAACAAACACAUCUGUUUUCUCCUGCCUUGCACUUACACGCGGAUUAAACCAGUUUGAGUAGUUCGCGCGUUGAAACAAAUAAUUGAGCAAGUGAUUGGAAUGAGACUCCCAACUAUUUAAAUGGUUUAAAUAGGCUUCAGUUCUGUUCUGCUUAAAGGGAUUGGUUGCGGGUCGUAUAUUACACCGGAGAAACGCCAACUGGACAUGUUGAAACUCUUCAGAAGGAACCUAUUUUCAUCCUCUGCUGUGACUCUGGGAGCGCCGGAUGCAGUGACGACCGCGCCGAAGAUGCUCUGGCGCCACCUGGCUGUCAACGCAGCGUCGGCGGAGACCUCGCGCCCGCUGGCACCGCAGCGCCUGCCCGUCCCGGCGCUGGACCGCACCCUCGACAAGUUCCUCAGGUCCGUCCGACCGCUGCUCUCCGAUAAAGAAAUCGCCAGCACAGAGAAGGUAGUGAGGAGCUUCGCUGCGCCGAACGGAGUCGGCAGGAAACUGCAGAAGCUGCUGGAAGAAAAGGCGUCUCGUACCGACAAUUGGUUGGCAGAGUGGUGGGUGCGGGCGGCCUACCUCGGCUUCCGACUGCCCGUCGAGGUGCACUCCAGCCCGGGCAUCCAGCUGCCCCACCAGUCCUUCGCCUCCCAGGACUGCCACCUGUCCUUCGCCGCGCACUUCAUCCUCGGCACCCUCGACUACAAGCGGAUACUGGACGAGAACAGGCUGCCCCAGGAGCGCAUGGGCCAGCAGCUCUUGGACAUGUCGCAGUACUACAAGGUGUUCGGCACGUGCCGCCGGCCCGGCGUGCCCCUGGACUCGGUGCUGUUCCUGCAGCCCGGGGAGCAGCCCCGCCACAUCGUGGUGGCCCACAACAACGAGUUGUUCAGCGUGGACGUGCUGGACGAGCGGGGGCGGCCCGUGACGCACGGUCGGCUGGUGGCGCAGCUGCGCUCCGUGGUGGAGCAGUCGGAGAGGCCGGCGCGGCCGGUGGGCGUGCUCACUGCGGACCACCGCGACACCUGGGCGGCCCACUACCAGCUGCUGGCCCGAGAGCACGAGAACCGCCGGCCGCUGGAGGCUCUGGAGAAGAGCCUGUUCGUGGUGUGCCUGGACGGGCCGGCGCCCGGCCUGGGCGCCCCCAACCAGCAGUCCGUGUCGGGCCAGCUGAUGCUGCACGGCGGGGGCAGCCGCGCCAGCGGGGGCAACCGCUGGUACGACAAGGCUCUGCAGAUCGUGGUGGGCGCGGGCGGGGACGUGGGCUGUGUGUAUGAGCACAGCCCGGCCGAGGGGGGUCCCGUCGGCUGUCUCCUGGACCACGCCCUGGAGCACACUGAAAAGCAGGCGGACGUGUUCAGCUUCAACUCGGCCCCAGAGAACAUCUCACCGCCGCGGAAACUAGCGUUCAAACUGACCCCGGAAAUCGAGGAAGGAAUCGACGCUGCUCUGAAGAAUUUGGAUGAGCUGGUGAACAAUGUUGAGUUGAACUGCAGCACAUUCCCGGAUUUCGGGAAAGAUCACCUGAAAUCCGUGAAAGUCAGCCCAGAUAGUUUCAUACAAAUGGCGAUUCAGCUGGCGUUCUACAGGAUCCACGGGCAGCCCGCGGCGCACUACGAGUCGGCCUCGCUGCGCAAGUUCGUGCACGGCAGGACGGAGACGAUACGGUCGUGCUCGCUGGAGUCGGUGGACUUCGCGGAGAAGAUGCUGGGCGGCGCGGCGUCCGACGCGGAGAAGCACGCUGCGAUGAUGGAUGCCAUCAACUACCACCGCAACUACGCCAUUGAGGCUGUGAACGGCAAUGGCGUGGAUCGGCACUUGCUCGGCCUGAAGAUGAUUGCUGUGGAUAACAUGAUGGACGUUCCAGAGUUCUUCAAAGACGUUGGGUACACUCGUAGCACUCACUUCAGACUUUCAACUAGUCAGGUGCCGUUCCGCUGCGACGGGAUGCUCUCGUUCGGCCCGGUCGUUCCCGACGGCUACGGGGUCUGCUACAACCCCAGGGACAAGACCAUCAACUUCAGCAUAUCUGCGUUCCGGUCGGACCCGGGGACGAGCGCCAGGCAGCUCCGGGAGUCGCUGUACGCAUCACUCCGGGACAUGUACGAGCUGCGGGCCCGGUCCCAGCUGGCCUCGAAGCUGUAGCUCCGCGCCAGGCUCCUCGCGACCCGACGGUGGCAACCAGGACUGGCUCUCGUGCCUCCAGAAGACUGAUGCAUCCAGGUGGUGGGUGUGGCAAGUGUCCUUGUUACGUGUCUGGCUGUGUUCCUUCCUCCUCUCUGAUACCUCCACCUAACUCGGGAUACUCUUCGUUUCAAGGAAAAAAAAAUUUUUUCAAAGCACUGGCAUGUUUCAGCUUUAAGAAUUCGCAUUCUACUAUUCAGGAUAAUUUUACUUUCCAUCACUUUUCCAUGCUAUUAACAGUAAAUUUUUUUUUUUUGCUUCCUAACAAAUUAACAAUUAACGCUGUAAUUUUUACAGAUCCUGGAAUAAAUCACCAAAUUAGACCUGAUACACAUUACAAAUAGUAAAAUUUCAUGCUCAACAGAAGAAACCUACACAGGAACAGAAUUAAACGUAAUGUUUUGUGUACGUACUUACGUUAUUGUCAGUAUAACACUAUUUUUUUUAUUAUUAUUCUGUAAUUGAAAACUAUGUACAUUGGUGGUGUUCGAACUAAGCAAACAACUAACAUAAAUGUCAUCUAUUGCUGGUGCGAUGUGCUUUACAUUUUACUAAUUUAAAUAAGAACAGGUAUGUAUUUAUCCAUAACCAAUGUUGUUAUUCUUCUGGUGUCAGAUAAAAGAAAUGUAUUUUGAAUCUUGAUAUUGCCUUCCUGACUUCUUGAUGUCAUAUAGUUUUAAUUUUCCUUGUGGAUAGUGUAGGUCGAUUUUUGAAACCUUACAAGAUUGCUCUUAAAAAUUGAAAUAUCCAAGCAUCAAAUUUUCACUGUAGUUUUUUUUUUUAAUAACUAAAUUUAAUAUUUAACUCUAGUAGUAAAUGCUGUUAAAUUAGAUAGAAUCAUUUUUUAAAAAUUAUAUUUAAGUCAUUAAACAACUCACCAACUCUGUAUCCUCAUAUUUAAAAAAUAUUUCUUCAUUAAAACUGUUAUUACAAAAAAAAUAAUUUUAUGACAAAGAUAAAAUGAGAUGUUUAGAUUUCUGUAGCUUUUUCACCCCAAGAAAUAUUUUGAUUGAAGUGUUGCAUUUAUUACUUUGUAUACAUAUAUACCAUUGAAAAAUAAAUAAAUUUAUGCAUUUGCUUUAUGGCUUUUAAUUUUUAUUUUGUAUUCUGUGACAGCUCCUACUAAAGAGAUAGUUAAUGUUAAUUGUGCAUACUUGCACCAAUUUUUAGCUAAAUCACACUAGUUAAGUCAUCACAAAUACAUUAAAAAUAAAAAAUUACUUAAAUUCAAUACAGAAAAUGUAUGUUAAUCCUUCAAAUAACAAUUUUAUUUUUUAACAAUAAAUCCAAGAGUUCAUUCUUACAAAUACUUAAGAUCAUUAAAUCAGAAUCCCUUUGCAAUUAUUAAUACUGUCUGCCCAUAAACUCCACUAGGAAACACUGUGGAACACAAAGAUUGUGUGUUGCACAGUGAUUACAAUUAACAUAUUUGAGUAAUUAUGUUUAUUACAAUUAACAUAUUUGAGUAACUAUGUUUAUUAAAAUUAAUGCAUCAGGGUAUUUAGUGUUACCUGGUAAAACAAAUUAAGGAUUUAUUAAUAAAUUUUUCUUUAAACUUUUCAUAUUGCAUAUAAAAUUGACCCUGUUAAGAAAAAUUAGACAUACGACAAAUAUAUAUUUACACAUACAUACACACACCGUAUUUACUCACAUAAUGUCCGCAGUAAUUAGGCUACAUUUUUGACCAAAAAAUUGGGUGCGGACAAUUUGAGGUGAAGUCCAAAAAAAAAAUUUUUCCUCAAAAUUUUACGUUUUGUGUAGAGUAAAAAAAUUUUUCUCUCAUAAUUAGUUUACUAGCAGAGCGCUGGUAACUGGCGACCCUCCGCAGCGGACGUGAGAAAUGUGACAGGUCACGAGAUAAUUGGGUGCCGGCGAUUAGUGGAAGACGCCACUCAUUUUUUUUUUUUUUUUCUCUCUCGCAUGUGCGCUCCUACAUUCAGAAGCCGCAGCCAGCCUACACAAAAUAAACGCUUUGCGUGAAAAGAUAUUUUUUUAAUCUUUCAUUAAGAUGGCCACUGAUGGCACGGGGCAGAUGUCUAAUGUCUGCAUUAGCCGGCGCCGGCGAGCCUCCCUCCCUGUCCCUUGCCCACUGUGUGUAUAAAAAAUAACUGUGCGCAUGUACCCCCACCACUUCUCCGCUACCUCCCCUACUUUGUGACGUAGUGUGAGUUGACGUGUACUGGCUUGUGCUAUAUAUAGCCCAUCCCCUUGCAACUCGCGUGACGUCGCAGGCAGCUGCGCAGUGGAGUGCGAGUUUCUGAGUCCAGACGGUUUCACCACGCCACAAAACCCUCUCAGCGACCGCUCUGGAGAAAUGAGCAACUCAAAGUCAAAGCAUUGUUGACAGCAUCGGUAAUUUUCCAUCCCGUUACUGUGCCUUUCAGGGGUGGCCAGGGUUGCUUUGUCUGGUGCGGACUUUAUGCGGAUUUUAAAAAAUUCCAUUUCAAAUAUUUAAAAAGAAAGGUGCGGACAUUAUGCGAUUAAAUACGGUACUAUUUGCAGGAACGUGCCAAUUUUUUUAAGUUUGAUUAAAAAAAUUAAUAACUGAAAAACUAAAUUCACGUACAAACUGGAAAUUGAAGUUCCCAGCAACUUGACCAGUCUUUCAGUAAUUUGUAAGCACACUACCCUGUACAUUGAACUUGGAUCCGAGUUUCUUAAUUUAACCUUGCAUAUACGAUACACGGAGUUAAGGAGAGUCAUGAAAUGGCAUUCUCUGGCAUAGUUGAAUUUACUUUUAACCUCCCCAUCGCUGUUUUGUUUCGCCCAAAACAUUGCGGAAAUGGUGCUUGAGGACGCCUGUCUCAUGAUGGUUAGUAAGUAUGAAUUAGAAUCUCCAUCAUUAAACACAGUCACUUUAAUCCAAAACAGCAUUUAAAACUGUUUCCACAAUGCAAACACGAAGCUUCCGCCAAUGUUUUGGACACCAAACCAACAUAAUACGACGUCUGAAGGAAAAAUAAUGGCUUCACACAUUUACCAUGUAAUCAUGCAGAUAUGGCCACCCGCUAAUUACAUAGCACUAACCAUUAUUUUUCAUUUUGUUGGGCUUUUUUGAAAGAAAGAAAAAAAAAGAGGAAGAGGUGAGGGUUACAAUUACUUUCUCACAGUUAACAUCACAACUGAUAUUUUAAAAGUAUUCCUAAAUAACUUUUAUUAAAUUAGUUGAAGAAUAACUGCAAAAGAUUAUUAUUCAAUUUCUCCAAUCGUAUGUUAAAAUUAAACACACUCGUUUAUCUGACUACCAUCAUAGAGCUACAUAUUUCAUGAAAUUUUGCACGGUUCUACUAUUAAUAUUACCUGCUCUUGUCUAUAUUAUUAACUAUGUACAUUAGCCUCAUUUAAUAGGAUUCUGAGGGAAAGAUUUACAAAUUUUCCUGACCGUAAACCCAACUGAAACCGAAAGAAAAAAAUCACCACUUCCGCUCACUAUUACUUUUGCCGUUCGCAGCUUGGUUCUUGUCCUCACGAGUGAAGGGGGGGGGGGG